AAUCGUUUUCGCAGAAAGUGGUGACUUGGCUCCUAGACUCUGUAAACGCCGGUCGCAGUGUCUUCUCCAGUACUGAACAUCAGAAAAUUAUCCAAAGAAUCAAUAAAGGCUAACUUACUCCAAAUCGCAGGCAGCAAGGCAAAAGAGAGCACGAAAGCAAGGAUCGCUCCAGCAAAAAAGUUGAGAAUCUAUUCCGAAAAUUCCAAUUUACAAGAUAGAAAAUAGUUAUUCGAAAAAAAAAAUCUCCUGUUCAAGUUUAGCACCAGCUUAGAAGAAGUUAAAAUAUUUUACGAUUUUAUUUUCUUUCCAGACGAAUGACAAAAGUGUUUUUUAGUUUUCCAUUUCCGUCUAAAGAUUUUCAAACAGAUUUUCUGAUCGAUUGGAGUUGUUGUUAGGAAGAAAAGUUACGAAUAUUCGGGGUGAUAGAGUUUUUACGAACAAGUCCACGUACAGUUGAAAAUUGAUUAAAAAAAGAAGUUAAAAUUUCAUUGAUCUGUCUGUUCCAUCGAAGGAAAAACGGCCAAGAAUCCCUAUUGGGAAGGAAGAAGAAGUAGCAGCAGUGGAAAAGUUUCCUCCUUGGUCGUAGUAGUCUGGUGGAAAACUCUGUGGAGUAGCGCUAAAGUGAGAGAGCGAGAGCGAUCCGUGUGUGGUCCCGACCAUCGAAAAGUGAGCAAGUGAGAGAAUCCCAAAAUCAGUGAGAUACGAAGGACCAGCAAAGGGACAAAAGAGAACAAUACGGAAAAGGCUGGCUGGACUCGCUUUUCCAUCCGUCUUGGCGUGAAAAGUGUGUGAGAAAAGAGCAAUCAGUCGGGUGGCAGUACAGGGAGAGAACAAGUGAUCAGAGUGGAGUUUUGCGCGGUGUUGAGAAUUUAAAAACGAAGGCACGAGGCUAGUGUGUUAGUGAACUCCAUUCGUUUUUGACAGAUCCUGAAGAAGACACUUUUCCUUGCACGGGUGCGGCCAUAUUCCAAUACACUCACACAGCACGUACGCACACACUUUCACACACACACACAAACGUCCAUACCGACAGGCUCAAAAGCUCAGUCAACGGACCGCAAUUCUGUGUGAAUAUCCGACCAGACAGCUCCGCCAGAGGUAAAUCGUCCAAAAAGCAGCCACCCGUGUGCGUGUGAGCUAACAAAGCAAGUGAUAUUCCAAAAGUUCCGGAAGUUUUCGAAGUCAAACUGUCCAACCUAUCCGCUAGUGAAAUGUCGGGGGAUCAAAGUGGUCCCGUCGAGCUUAAUGGCACCGGUGGUGGUGGCGGCGGCGGCGGCGGUGGAGGUGUCAACGGUGUUGGCAAUGGUGUCGUCACCAAUGGCACUCCGGGGGAUGGUACCAUGAAUGGUGGUGAGGCCACUACCCCCGGAGGAGGUGGUGGUAGUGAGUCGGGCGGCCUAGGUAGCCUGAUUGCCGUGGACGCUGGCUGUUCCGAAGGGCCGUCCAGCAUCAUCGGCGUUGGGCCACCGAGUCCUCUGACCGGGUGCUAUCUGCUGAUCAUCAUCGGCGAGCCACACUCGCAGGACCACAAGGAUAUCAUUUUGCAGCGGUUGAUCAAAGGCUUCCUAUCCUGGGACGCGACGGACUGUCACGUCGACCUAGAGGAUGAGUUGCAUGCCAUCACGCUGCAGGCCCUCGAUGGAGAGGAAGGCAAGCACGGUGAACGGUUGAUCCAGUAUGCGAGCGAGAAUCUCGUCACGGAGAUCCUGAUCCACCCGCAGAUCAACACCUUCAUCCAGUGCAUACGGAAUCUGCUGAGUAGCUUCACCCGGCACCGACACAUCAUCCACACCGGUUAUACCUUCGCCGGCAAUGGUUCCUGGGUCCUGCAGGACGGCACCUUCUCGGUGGUGGACUUUAUGGAGGCAUUCCAGGAGCACGAGGUACAACGGGUUCUGCGUGCCUACCCGGAGACGAUCACCAUGGACGUGCACUGUGCUCCGGUCGGCAACUGGCAGGCAAUCCAGGACAAGACAUUUGCCCGACUCUGUCGCAUCCGGCUGAAUCCGGUCGAUGUGCUGAGUUCGGGCAGUGAAAAGUUGAAUGCAUUCGUAGACUAUCUGGCAGCGAUGAUCGUGCCGACGGAGAUUUCCGAAUUGUUGGAAAGUUCCGACGUGGUCGGCAAUAUCCGUUUCAGCCAUCCGACACUGUAUGUCUUCCCCGGUGGACAAGGCGAUGCUGCACUUUUCGGAAUCAACGGGUUCAACAUGUUGGUUGACGGUGGUUUCAGCAGAAAAUCAUGCUUCUGGGACUUUGUGCGCCAUCUGGAUCGCUUGGAUGCAGUACUGAUGACCCGAGUCAACAAUACCAACAUCAAGGGCAUCUCGGCAGUAGUCGAGCGUAAGCACGAAGCUCAUGUCUAUCCACAGAUUGGGCACUUCUUCUGCAACAUUCCGGAACGCAAGGGACUCCUCAGCCCCGAUGGUGAUAAAGAUCGCGAUCCCUUGCUAGUCGAUCUCAUCGAGGAAGGUCACCAAAUAGUGACAAACCUGAAAACUUUAAACUUGAAAGCACAAAAUUGCUACCGUGAUGCUGAACCCAUCAAUCUGUACCAUAAGGUCGGUCAUGGAACGCUAGACAUGUACGUCAUCAGCCCGGCUAAGGAUUCCAAAGAGGUGAAAGAGUUCCUGGCCAAGUGGAACGCUGCCGAUCCGAAGCUGUUUGCUCCAAAAGAUUCCAAAGAAUUCGUAUUCCCCAUGCAGAAUAUAAUAUCAAUCUGCGCCCUGCUGGUUUGGACCCCGGCCAAUCCGGAGGACAACAUCACCAGAAUACUCUUCCCCGGAUCCGCACCAGAGUACAAAAUCCUCGAAGGACUGGAAAAGAUGAAGAACGUAGAAUUCAUGCGCCAACCAGUUUGCACCGUCAAGUCAAUCGCGCCGAGCAUCUCGUCGCAAGCACUCACAAAGAAAUCACUGAAAUCAUCAUCCAUCGAUAAGAUCAUUCCCGAGCCAAUCCUUCCGUCCAAGUCAACGAAACCAUCUGAGAAGGAUAAUAAGAUUUUAGACAACAAGAUGAAAAUGAUCGACAACAAACUGGCCGACGCCACCAAGAGCUCUUCGGACAUCAUGGAUAGCUCGGCGGAUGAAGGAAAGCUGGAAAAGCAUCUAACGAAGUCAAGUGUCGCUACCAUUGCCACGGCUAAGGUUACACUCGGCAAAUCGAAGGCGUUCAAGACGACAUCUACCGAAUCGAAAAAGAUCGACAGCAUGUUGAUCGAAUCGAGCAAAAAGAUUGACCUAGACGAAAAGAAGGACUCUUCAGAUGGCGGCUCCGAUAAGGAUGAAACCGAAAAGAAGGUAGCCGCUGAAGAAGCAAUCCCAGAGAAGAAGCUCGAUCAAGAUAAGGACAAAAAAGAAGACGAACAAAAAGACUCCAAAAAAGACGAAUCAGUAGCUGUGAAGGAAGACACCAAAGCCAUUAAAAAGUCUUCCGAGAAAUCGGGCAGACCAGCUACAGCUCGCUCACGAUUUGACUCCAAGCCUCCUAAGGCAACAGCGAAACCGAUCAAGAAGAGGGAAGAGACCAACAAAUCUUCUCCUACGACUCCCAAAAAAUCAGUAGAACCCAAAUUGACUAACGGAGUGUCGAAAGACGAUGAACCCAAGAAGGCAGCUGGUCCUCCGAAGACCACGAAGCCUAUCGGCACCAGACCAGGUAAGGCAAGCCCGAAAAGCACACCCGCCAAGAGUGCUAAGGAUGCCAACAACCGAAAGGUAUUGGAAGCGCGUCAACGACCGGCUGCUAAACCCACUCCGGCUAAGAGAGACUCUACGGAAAAGAAGGAAUCUCCUCCCAAGUUCGAACGCAAACCGAUUUCCCGUCGCCCGAAGGGUACCACGCCAGCCUCCGCCGUAGGAGGAAGUCCCAUCAAGGCCAAGAAGGUACUCAAAUCCGAGAAGGAUGCCGUCAUCCGUAAGGCCAAGCUGGAUAAGAACGGAACUACCGAUUCCAGCCUGGUAUCCACGCCUAGUGCCGACGAAGCUGGAGUUGCCGUACAGAAACGCAUCGUCGAUACGAUAGCUUCUGCUGCAGCAGGGGGAACUGAUAUUGACGCCAUUCAACAGCAACAUUUGGCCGAACUGAAGGAGGAACAAGAAGCGGUCCGUGAAAUUGAAGCCGUCUUCAAGCGUGACUCCAACCAGGUAAAACGGCGCGAAAUUCUGUCCGAACAUCGUGAAAUUCAAGAUAGCACUACCGAACCGGAAGAAGAGGAAGAAUACUUGAUCAUUGAAAAGGAGGAACAGUAUACGGAAGACUCGAUCAAUGAACCGGAGAGCAGUGCUACGAAGGAAGAAGAAAUUCAGAAGCACCAGCGCGAUUCCGAAGAAUCGGAGAAGCGUAAGCGCGACAGCUUGGAAGGAGAGAAAGAAGAGAAAGCUGAUGUGGCAAAGGCUGAGGGUGAAUCGGCUGAGGUGGUUGAAAUCAUCGAAGGUGAGCAGGCAGACGAUGAACAACAGAUAGAAGAAGCCAAACAAGAUGAUAAGGAAUCUGUGGUCGAGAAAGAAGCUGUCGAAGAUGUCAAAGAAGAACCGAAGGAAGCGGAAAAGCUGUCUCCCAAGCACAAGCAGGAUAUCGAAGAAGAAGUUCAGGAUAUCAUUGCUUCCGCCAAGGAGAUUGCCAAGUCUAAAAUGGAAACCUCCAUGGACGGUCUAAAAACGGAAGAAAUGUCAUCGAUCAGUCCUGACGAAAAGGUGAGCAGUACCAAGAAGACAAGCGACACGCGAGAUGAAAACGAGCCGGAACCGGUUCCAAAGGAACACAUCGAACCACCGCACGAGAGCCAUCACGAAGAACGAGUAUCGGCUACAGCAGAAUCAGGUGCAACUACAACGGCUCCAACAUUGCCUGAAGACGAACGUAUUCCGCUAGACGAAAUCAAGGAAGAUUUGGUAAUCGAAGAAAAGCAUGUUAAGGAACAAACCAAAGAGGUUGAAGUUGCACCAACUCUCCCGCCGACUGUGUACGAGCCAUUGGAAAGACCAACACCGGCAAAGAUGCACUUCAGCGCUCAGCAAGCUCAUAUGCGUGAUGUUGUUAAGACUCCAGACGAGGUCGCCGAUUUGCCGAUGCACGAGGAAGCUGACUUUGAAGAGUACAGUGAAGAUAAGGACAAGGAGGACGAGAAAGAAUGUGACACCAAGGCAAAGCCUGAUGCUGAGGAUUUGAAGGAGACUGAAGUGAAGGAACCAGAGAAGACUGAUAAAGUAGUAGUGGACAAGUCUGCUGAAAGUGAUAGAUUAUGUGAUACGGUAAAGGACAUACAGCAGGAAGUCCAGGAGGUAGUCGAGAAAGUUGAAAUUGAUACCAAGGUUGAAAAACCCCCUAAGCUGGAUACUCAGUCAUCACUGGUAAAGGGUAAGCUGGAUGAGGCUGCCGUGCUGAAAGAUCUUGAAUCGCAAAUUAUUCCAACAGAACCGGAAAUUCAGAAACAACCAGCAGUUACAAAGGUGGAAACAACACCAGCAACUGAGAACGAUGACGAAGAAGACAAAAAGUCAGUUCACGAAGAGGUAAUCGUUCCUAAAAAGGUCGAACCUAAGGUGCCAGUUCCGACGGAACCAUCAGUUCUGGAUGAAAUUUGGGGUGUGCCUCAGAAGGCUGAAGAAAAGUUGGAAGAAUUGAAGCAAAUCAUCGACGAUAAGGCAAAGGAAACCACGUCGGACCUGGUGUCCAUAAAAGACGAGAUGGUUAAGGAAAUUGUUGAACGCAAGGAAGAAGUCGUUGAUAAGGUGAAGGAGGAAGUUAUCGCUGCCGAUAAAAUGGUGAACGAAACGGUGGCUAAAAUGGGUCAGGAAGCGGAGAAAGCUGCUAUACAGGCUGCCAGUGAAGUAGUGAAAGAGGUCACUGCUAAGGCUGAUGCCGUCGGUGAAGAGUUGCAGAAAAAAGCCCAACAGUUGGACGAUAAAGUUGCAUCUGGAGUCGAUAAACUCAAGACUGACGUUGAGAAGGUUGCUACCAAGGCCGAUGAAGUUCUUGCCAGCAUAGAAACUGAGAAGAAGGAGCUUGAAAAACUUGCCACAGAUAUUAAGCAAGAAGUGGCGGGUAAGCUUGAUGAAACCAAGAAACAGCUGGAUGAUGAAGUGAACAAGGCUGUUGAGCAAGUUCAGCAGAAAGCUAAAAGUGGUAUCAGCUCUUUCUUUGGUGGCAUUACUGACAGCAUCAAGUCAGGAAUCGAGAAGGUCGCCGAUAAGGUCGAAACUAAGCUCAAGGAUAAAACCGAGCAAGUUGAAACGAGACUUCAGGAGGUGACCGACAAGAUCGAAGAAUUGAAGGCUAAGGAAGUUGUUGAAGAAGUGUGCGAGAAGAAGGAAGUGACAAAGGCUCCAGCACCUGAGCCAGCUGUUGGUUUCGAAACACCUUUCGGUUACGAACGAACAUUCACUCAGGAACUGCGAGAGACUCAUAUAACAACACUAGAUUCGCCGGUCAGCGAUGCCGACAAAGUUGGCGAUAUGAAGACCAUGGUCAACAUUCCGCAUCACAUCGACGAAGAUAAGGAGUUAGAAGAACUAGAAUCCAAGCAGAUGACUGGUUCGUACGUUAUCGAAGAUGUGAAGUAUUCUACUUUCGAGGAAGCCAAUCUUCGUGAGAUUAAGGAGGAAGACGAGGAAGAUCGCAUUACUCCGCCGCAAAAGGAUGACAAAAAAGACGCGGUACCAAAACUUGAACCUGUCGGUGUUCCACCACGAGCCAGAACCCCAGAAGAUGUCGCCAAGAUAGUAGCAAACGUUGCCCAAGUUCUUAAGUCCGAUAAGGAUCUCGAAGAAAUCAUUCCUGGUUUCGAUCCACAAGAACUGGAACGCAAGCUAUCGCUGGGAACAGCCCGUGAAGAAGAUGUAGGUACAGUUCAACGAAUGCUUGUCACCGCUAGCAGCGAGGAUGGUGGUGAAGAAACGGUUAUCUGCCCAGAUGGAACAAUCACCUUCUCCAAAACGGCAACUCCGGAGCCCUCUGUUUCUGGAAAAACAACUCCAGAAAUCAAGGUAGACGAGGAAAUUACACAAGAAGAAACUUCUGAAGGAAAGAUCGAGAAACCACAAUUGCCAGAAGUGAAGCAAGACGAAAAAUCAAGUCCCACAUCCUCAGGAAAAUCGUCACCAGAUUUGAAGACAUCGCCAACGUCGAUUGAAGAGAAAGAUAAGCAUGAACUAUCAGAGAAAGUGGUGAUUGAAGCUAAGAAGAUUCCUGAAAAGGCUUUCGAAAAUCGUAAGGAAUCCAUUGCGGAGCAAUACGACCAGAUCGACGACUCGAGGCGUGAGUCUGCUAUCAGCACCUUCAGCGAACGCGACUACACCAAAGACGAGAGCUCGAUUCUCGACGAGCGUGACUCUUCGCGAGCUCAUUCGAUUUCAAGUCACGUUAGUGAUUUAAAAGAAGAUGCAGCUGACGUCAAGUCGGUUGCUGAAUUCCUCAAGGAGUCGGACAAGGUUGACGACAAGCAUCAGGAGGUAUUUGCUGAGCCAACUAUACUACAGGCUAGCUCGAUAAAGAAGAGUGAUGAUCUGUCCAGUCCCGAAUCCAUAACAAGCCAAAAAACCGUAUCCGAGAAGUCUGUUACGGCAGAGGCAGUUGUUGCAGCCAAACCAGAAGAGAAGGGCACUGUUGAUGUUGAUUCUAAACAAGAGCUGUCGAGACCGGAAUCAGCUGCUAGCCACAUCAGUGGAAAAGCAUCUGCACCAACUGAAGUAUCUCGCCCAGAAUCAGUAGCAUCAGUUGAGAAAUCACCUGUUACCGAAGUUAAAGUUGAUGCAGCUAAAGACCAAUCACGACCCGAGUCAACUGCUUCCCAUGUCAGUGAAAAGGCUACAUCAGAUAAGUCUGAUGUAAAGGACGAUGAAAAGCAAGUAUCUCGACCAGAUUCCGUUGUGUCUCACGUCAGUGAGAAGGCUUUGUCGGAUAAGACUGAUGAAGAGCACGAAGUGAAAGAAGCAUCUCGGCCAGAGUCCACUGCAUCUCACGUGAGCGAGAAAGUUAUUCCUGCUGCUCAGCUUGAGGCUAAGCAAGACGAAAAGGCAACGUCACGACCAGAAUCAGCUACCUCUCAUGCCAGUGAGAAAGCAGAAGCUAAGGAUGCUUCUCGACCGGAAUCGGUGGCUUCUCACAUAAGUGAGAAGACUUCUUCCGAAAAGGCGGAAGUCAAGCAGGAUGAAGUAAAAGAUACUUCGCGACCAACAUCGGUCGCUUCUCAUAUCAGCGAAAAUGCGGAAACUAAAGAACCUUCACGUCCAGAGUCGGCUGUAUCUCACGUCAGUGAAAAGGCUGCAUCUGAGAAAGAAGAAACCAAGCAAGAUGAUAAGCAGGUUUCACGACCGGAAUCCGUUGUCUCUCACAUCAGCGAGAAGGCUCCAUCCGAGAGGGAAGACGUAAAAGAGGCUUCACGACCAGAAUCAGUUAUUUCUCAUGCUAGUGAGCAAGCAUCAUCCGAGAAGGUAGAAGCCAAACCAGAAGAAUCUAAGGUUGCUUCACGGCCAGAAUCGGCUGCAUCUCAUGUCAGUGAUAAGGCUGCCUCUGAGAAGGUAGAAAUCAAGCAAGAAGAUAACAAAGAAGCUUCUCGACCUGAGUCGGGUGCUUCUCAUGUGAGUGACAAGACCCCGCUUGAAAAGGCAGAAACCAAGCAGGAGGUUUCACGACCAGAAUCAGCUGCGUCUCAUGUCAGUGAGAAGAUGGAAGUUAAGAAGGAAGAAAUUAAAGAUGCUUCCCGGCCAGAAUCAGUAGCUUCCCAUGUUAGUGAGAAGGCUGAUGUUAAAGAAGUCUCUCGACCUGAAUCCGUCGCUUCUCACCUGAGCGAGAAGGCUGCUUCCGAAAAGGUAGAAGUCAAGCAAGAAGAAUCUAAGCAAACAUCACGCCCGGAAUCAGUCGCUUCUCACACCAGUGAGAAAGCUUCAUCUGACAAAACAGAAGACAAGGGAGCUUCACGACCAGAGUCAGCAGCUUCUCACGUCAGUGAGAAGGCUUCUUCCGAAAAAGCUGAAGACAAGCUGGAAGAACCAAAGGGAGCUUCCAGGCCUGAAUCUGUCGCUUCACAUGUGAGUGAGAAGGCUCCUUCUGAGAAAACUGAAGAAUUGAAGGAAGCUUCCAGACCUGAAUCUGUUGCUUCACAUGUGAGUGAGAAAGCUCCUUCCGAUAAAGCAGAAGAUAAGCUAGAAGAGCCAAAAGGAGUUUCCAGGCCAGAAUCCGUCGCAUCACACGUCAGCGAAAAUUUAGAAACCAAGCAGGAAGGAGUCAAACAAGCAUCACGACCAGAGUCGGUCAUUUCUCACUUGAGUGAGAAAGCAACUUCUGAAAAGGUAGAAGAUCUUAAAGAUGCUUCACGACCAGAAUCAGUCGCUUCUCAUAUCAGUGAGAAGACAGAAACCAAGCAAGAUGAAGCAAAACAGACUUCACGACCUGAGUCGGUAGCGUCUCAUGUUAGUGAAAAGGCUCCAUCUGAAAAAACAGAAAGCAAGCAGGAGGAUUCUAAGGUGGCUUCACGACCAGAGUCAGCCACCUCUCAUGUCAGCGAAACGGCACCUUCCGAGAAACCAGACACUAAAGAGGAUUCACGACCAGAAUCAGUGGCAUCGCACGUCAGUGAAAAAGCACCGACCGAUAAGGCAGAAGCCCAGCAAGAAGAGGCUAAUGCUAGUUCUCGACCAGAAUCGGUUGCUUCUGUCAUUAACGAGAAGGCUCCAUCUGAAAAAGCAGAAGACAAGAAAGGAGAUUCUAAGGAAGCAUCACGACCAGAAUCAGUUGCUUCUCACGUCAGCGAGAAACCAGAAUCCAAACAAGAAGAAGAUAAAGCGGUUUCACGACCGGAAUCCGCUACUUCUCACGUCAGCGAGAAAGUUGAAGCCAAGCAAGAAGAAGCUAAAGAGGCUUCACGUCCGGAAUCGGUUGCUUCUCAUAUCAGCGAGAAGAAACCGUCCGAUAAGCUAGAAGAAACUAAAGAUGCAGAUGCUAAGGAAGCUUCACGGCCAGAAUCAGCUUCAUCUCAUGUCAGUGAGAAGGCUACGACUGAUAAGCCAGAAGCGAAAAUCGAGUCAAAGGAACCAUCUAGACCAGAAUCUGUUGCAUCACUCGUUGCUGAAAAACCGGACACGAAAUCAGACGCGAAGGAAGCCUCACGAUCGGAAUCAGUUGCAUCUCACGUAAGUGAGAAGGCUGAGAUAAAAACAGAAACCAAGCAAACUUCACGACCGGAAUCUGCUGCAUCUCAUAUCAGCGACAAAGUCGAAACUAAACUAGAUACAAAAGAAACCAUUCGACCAGAAUCAGUUGCAAGUCAUGUGAGUGACAACAUUGAAGAAACAAUUCCCGCAGUGGAAACUAAACUACUGGCACCAGAAUCGAAAGAACCGUCAAGACCAGAAUCCGUUGCUAGUCACAUCAGUGAGAAGGAGGAAUCAAAACAUGAUGACAAGGAUGCUUCCAGACCCAUUUCAGCGGCAAGUCAUGUCAGUGAGAAAGCGACGGCAGCUGAUGAGAAGACCACGUCCAGACCUGAAUCAGCUGCCAGUCAUGUUAGCGAUAAGGCUGCUGAUAGUAUUGUGAAGUCAGAUGAGAAGGAGUGCUCUAGACCUGCAUCCGUGGCUUCGCAUGUAAGUGAAAAGGCUCCUUCGGAAAAAUCUGAACCUAAAACGGAUGCCAAGGAUGCUUCACGUCCGGAAUCCGUUACAAGUCAUGUCAGUGAGAAGGCAACUGCAGCUGAUGAGAAGACCACGUCCAGACCUGAAUCAGCUGCCAGCCAUGUAAGCGAUAAGGCUGCUGAUAGUAUUGUGAAGUCAGAUGAGAAGGAGAGCUCUAGACCUGCAUCCGUGGCUUCACAUUUAAGUGAAAAGGCUCCUUCGGAAAAAUCUGAGCCUAAAACGGAUACCAAGGAUGCUUCACGUCCGGAAUCCGUAACAAGUCAUGUCAGUGAAAAGGCGACUACAGCUGAUGAGAAGACCACGUCCAGACCUGAAUCAGCUGCCAGUCAUGUAAGCGAUAAGGCUGCUGAUACUAUUGUGAAGUCAGAUGAGAAGGAGAGCUCUAGAUCUGCAUCCGUGGCUUCGCAUGUAAGUGAAAAAGCUCCUUCGGAAAAAUCUGAGCCUAAAACGGAUGCCAAGGAUGCUUCACGUCCGGAAUCCGUAACAAGUCAUGUCAGUGAGAAAGCGACUGCAGCUGAUGAGAAGACCACAUCCAGACCUGAAUCAGCUGCCAGUCAUGUAAGCGAUAAGGCUGCUGAUAGCGUUGCGAAGUCAGAUGAGAAGGAGAGCUCUAGACCUGCCUCCGUGGCUUCGCAUGUAAGUGAAAAGGCUCCUUCGGAAAAAUCUGAGCCUAAAACGGAUACCAAGGAUGCUUCACGUCCGGAAUCCGUAACAAGUCAUGUCAGUGAAAAGGCGACUACAGCUGAUGAGAAGACUACGUCCAGACCUGAAUCAGCUGCCAGUCAUGUAAGCGAUAAGGCUGCUGAAAGCGUUGCGAAGUCAGAUGAGAAGGAGAGCUCUAGACCUGCCUCCGUGGCUUCGCAUGUAAGUGAAAAGGCUCCUUCGGAAAAAUCUGAGCCUAAAACGGAUACCAAGGAUGCUUCACGUCCGGAAUCCGUAACAAGUCAUGUCAGUGAAAAGGCGACUACAGCUGAUGAGAAGACUACGUCCAGACCUGAAUCAGCUGCCAGUCAUGUAAGCGAUAAGGCUGCUGAAAGCGUUGCGAAGUCAGAUGAGAAGGAGAGCUCUAGACCUGCCUCCGUGGCUUCGCAUGUAAGUGAAAAGGCUCCUUCGGAAAAAUCUGAACCUAAAACGGAUGCCAAGGAUGCUUCACGUCCGGAAUCCGUAGCAAGUCAUGUAAGUGAGAAGGCUACUGCUGACAAGCUUUCGGAGAAGGAAGCGUCUCGACCCGAAUCGGCAGCCAGCCACAUGAGCGAACAAAUGACCUCAGAUAAGUCUCAACUGAAGGAAGACAAAGCGGCUGAGAAGACAUCGGAAAAAGCUGACUCUCGUCCAACUUCAGCAGCAUCCGACAAAGCACAGGACAAGUCUUCCGAAAAGGGAGAAUCACGACCAGCAUCGGCAGUAAGCCAUGUAAGCGAAACAGCUCCAUCGGAGAAGCCUUCUGUGACCGAAACAGUCGAUGAGAAGGAUAGCUCUCGUACUUCAUCGGCAGCUAGCGGUGCUAAAGCAGAAGAGAAAGAAGUAUCCCGACCGGCGUCAUCGUCAAGUCACUUGAGCGAUAAAUCACCUGCUGUCGAUGCAAAGACAGAAGCAACAACGGAGAAGGAGCCAUCUAGGCCACAGUCAGUCGCUAGUGAAGCGAAGGAAGCUUCUCGUCCGGAAUCGUCUGCUGGUGAUAAAGCACCGGUUCUUGACAAGGCAUCACCAGUAGAGGCAAAGAUGGAUGGUAGGGAAGCAUCCAGACCUGAGUCUGCCGGUAGUCAUGUGAGUGAAAAGGAAAAAUCUGCUGAAACCAAGAUCGAGGAUAAACCCGCUUCCAGACCGGAAUCGACUGCUAGCCACAUUAGCGAAAAAGACAAGGAAGUGGAACGUCGAGAAUCUACGAUUAGUAAAGUAAGCGAAAAGGACGUUCUGAAGACAGACCCGGAAAAAGAAACAUCCCGACCGACAUCGGCUGCCAGUCAUGUGAGUGAGAAGUCCUCAACUGCUCCCGAACAAGAAAAACCGGUUUCGAGACCAGAAUCUGCAGCUAGCCACAUAAGCAUCAAGACUCAGGAAUCGGAAAGUGCUUCCAAGGGGGAACCGAAAGAUGAGAAGGCUUCAUCUCGCCCAGAAUCCGUCGCCAGCCAUGUCAGUGAAAAAGACAAAAAGAUCGACGAGAAAGAUCAGUCCCGUCCGGAGUCCGCAGGUAGUCAUGGACUCUCGGAUAAAGCACCUGCGAAGAUGGAAGACAAAGAACCUUCACGACCAGAGUCAGCAACUAGCCAAGCAAGUGAGAAGGUUACAUCCACUGAAACUAAAGUUGCAGCGACUGACAAAGUGACCGCUGAAGGUGACUAUUCCCGACCGGAUUCACCAGCCAGCUGCUCCAGCGAUAAAGUCGUACCCUCCAAGGAACAAGAAUCUACGUAUGUUGAGAAGGACUUGGCCCGUCCGGAUUCCGCUUGCAGCUAUCAUGGUGAACCCAUUCCCGAUGAGAAACCAUUUUCGCGUCCAGAAUCUCCAGACAGCUGUGCCGGUGAUCAACCAAAAGAAGAAAAGAAACAAGAAACCAGCGUUGAAGAGGUGAAGCAAGAAACUGUUGCCGCACAACAAACUCAAAAAGAACAGAAGGCGGAAUCAGUCGAAGAAAAAGAAUUCUCACGUCCCGGCUCACCUGCCAGUUGCGGAGACGAGCCACACCUCACAUCAAAACACCCAGAAACUAAUGUAGAAGAGAAAGAUCUUACCAGAAAAGACUCCGUUGCCAGCUAUCACGGAGAACCCAUUCCAGAUGAGAAACAAUUCUCCCGACCGGAAUCUCCAGAUAGCUGUGCUGAUGAUGAACCGGAAGUUAAGAAGGCUCAGUCAGAAGUGGAAACCAUCAAAGUCAUCGACGUAAAGCAAGCAAGUGAUACCACACAAGAAGCUCAAAAGCAACAGAAGGUGGAAUCCGUAGAGGAGAAAGAAUUCUCCCGUCCUGAUUCGCCAGCUAGCUGCGGAGACGAGCCAGAGCUCACAUCGAAGGCCCCAGUUUCCAGUGUUCCGGAGAAGGAUCUCACCAGAAAGGACUCCGUUGCAAGCUAUCACGGUGAACCGAUUCUAAAUGGACAAUCAUUCUCACGACCAGACUCUCCGGCAAGUGGAGGUGAGGAGGAAGUGACCAAAGUAACUGAAAAGUCCAAGGAAGCUUCUCGACCAGAAUCCACCGCCAGUUACGUUAGCGAGAAGGACAAGUCACCUGUUGUCGGCGAAACGAAGGAAACUCUGAAGGCGGACGAGAAGGAAGCAUCCAGACCAACAUCGGCUGCAAGUCACGCUUCGGAUAAAUCGGCUACCGUUGAAUCCAAGACGGAAUCACGCCGAGAAUCGGCUGUCAAGGAUGAACGUCCAUCGUCGGCCCUGAGCGAUCACGCCGAAGAGCAGGAGGAGAAGAUCGUCAUGAAAGAAUCUCGCUCGAAAUCAAUGUCGGUAGUCAUGUCAUCCACAACGCAGCGUAGUGGAUUCGAAGGUAGCGCUCUGGGAAUACUGGAAGAAAGUGCAGCUGCGUCCCGAGAUGACUUGCAUAUGCUGAAAACUCCUCGUGACAGUAUAACCAAGAUUGAAGAAUUGGUGCUUAAGGAAAAGAAACAAGAAACGAGCGCAUCCAAGAUUGGAAUGUCACUGUUUGGACCGACUCAAUUCCCGGCAGAUGAAAAGCAGGAAUCUCAAGGGUUCCCGGUUACUGGAACCGAACAUGAGAGUCCAGACCAACAUGAUUCCAUCAUUCCGGGAGUUGAUAAGUUACUGAAGGAUACUGCCAGUUCGAUGAAGGAAAUUGAGCAAAUGUCAACGACGGUUAUCUCAAUGAUUCAGACCACAGAGAAGAAGGAAGAAUCGGCCAAGCAGGAGAGUAAAAGCUCAUCCCUUGUCUUUCCACUGCUAGACAGUGGCAAGUCUACUCCAAUGUCCGGCGACAAAGACAAAUCACAAGCGUCCAGCAUUAAAUCGGUCAGUCCUCAUGAGAAGGAUUCGCUCGAAGGAAGCUCAGCAUCGUUAAAUACGUUUAUCGAAAAAGACAGUCUGUCGGAAAGUACGUCCAAACAGGUAACGAUCAAGAUGAGCGCCGUGGAAGAAACUACUGCUCCGAAGACUACGACUACAAGUACUAAGGUAGAGUGUACUGAACUACUCGGCGGGGCCAAGACUCCACCAACUGCUCCGAUCAGUCCGAAUAUAGCGAGAGAAGACUUUAGUUUGGGACAUCAUAUAGAGAGCACCGUUGCCAGUAGCAUGACAAGCGUCACUUCCUCCAGCCAGAUGACGGUCAAGCAGCAGAAGGAUGAUGCGUCUGGUAUUUCAACACCUAAAGAAUCUGUACCAUCUGGUAAGAGCAGCCCGGGACUGAUGUCCGUUCACACAGGUAGUACAGAUAGUGCGUCCAAGUCAAUCAAUCUCGGCCACAGUUCAGGUAUUGAAACAUCAGAAUCAUCUCCGAAACCAACGUCUCCGUUCCCGAAAUUGCUGGACACGUUGAAAACCGACGAGGUGAAGACCAGCUCCGGAAUGAGCACCCCGGACAUGACCCGUACCUCUACACCAGAUAUGGUUGAUUCUCAGAUCGAACGUAUUCCCGAGGGCACGAGCGAGGAAGUGCAGGAAAUGGUUACCACCACGACAACCACGACGACUAAGCGUUACAUAAUUAAGGACGGUGAAAAGAUCGAGGUUGGCAGCACAGUUAAGACAGAAGUAUCCGGAGAUGCGAAGAAGGAUGACACUAGCAGUGCUGGAGAAUCUAUGUCGACCUCAACGACCACGACUACUACUACAACUAAGGUCCUGAAGGAUGCCAUUAAAACUCCAGCCAAUCUCACUUUGUCCACGACUGAAGACCGCAGUCUAACUGAAGAAUACGACGAUAAGGAUGUUCUGUCGCCACGAUCGGACAUUUCUUCGGGACAGGCUUCCCGGAUCGUCGCUGCUUGGCAUGAUGAAGAUGCUCCCGGAUCGCCAAUGAGUGUUACUUCACAAGCUCCGCUAUCACCUAGCACGAAGUAUACCUAUGAAUACGAACUGCAGCAUUCGAGUUCCGGUGUGAGCAAGAAAUCGGACAUUGAAAUCGACGACAGCCAGGACGAAAUUCCUCCACAGUAUGGUAGCGACGAGGUCAAAUCGGCCAUUACCAUCGCUUCGGCGUACAAGCCUGAUCCCAUGAGCACCUCCUUCUACGGACAGCUUCCAGAUGUCUCGGAUACGUCGGUUACUGCCACUGCGGCGUCAACCAAGUCGGUUCCGAUUCCAAUCGCCGCUGGUAAAGCAUUCGCCAAGACCUACAUGGAGUACGCUUCCAGUGGAGAAAGUAGCGUAGACUCCAGUCACCUCCACAAGACUGGAAGUGAUCGCAAAUUCCUGGACGAGGCAGAUCUGGAUUUCGAGAAGGCGUUCACCAAGUCCGAUAAAGUAGACCUGAUGACUCAGUCGAUGCAUUUCUCCAGCGAAAAGGAAUUCAUGGCAGCAACGACAACGACUUCAUCCGCUUUAACUACGGUUGCCGAUAGCAGUAAGAAAGAAUUGGACUUUACCGCCAGCGGUCUACCGGCUACAGUUUCAUCGAUGGAAGCACAAACUACACUUACCACAACAGCACAGUCCAGCACUACGGUUACAUCCAGCGGAAGCACCAGCACCAGCAAACAACAACCCCAAUCGGAUAAGGACAAAGAUCCGCUCGCGUCCUGGGGCAAACCACUGGGCCUGCCAUCUCCUGCUCCGUUGAACGACGAAAACAUGAAAACAACCCCCAAGAAGGAACGCAAGAUGAUCCUCAGCAAGACGAAGUUGAACAACGAAAAGAACCUACGGAAACGAUCGGAGUCGCCGAUCAAGGCCGCCAAGAAACCCGGCCCGGUCUACGUGGACCUGUCGUACGUGCCGCACCAUGGCAACUCGUACUAUGCCAAUGUGGAAUUUUUCAAGCGGGUCCGAGCCCGGUACUACGUCUUCUCCGGAACCGAACCGAGCCGCGAGGUGUACAAUGCCUUGCUCGAGGCGAAGCAAACGUGGGAAGAUAAAGAAUUAGAGGUAACUAUCAUUCCAACCUACGACACGGACGUGCUCGGUUACUGGGUAUCGGAGAACGAAGACCUGCUCGCCAAGUACCACAUUGACCUGUCGCCGUCGGCCGCCCGCUGUACGAUCAACCUGCAGGAUCAUGAAACGUCGUGCUCGGCCUACCGAUUGGAAUUCUAGGCCAGCGGGAUAUUUGUAGCAUUUUCCAGCGACAUCCACACGGUCCACACACAAUCCCAGUCGGUGUCCUCACCGGGUGACUCUUCGAUUGCUACGUCAGCCAUCGCCGGAGUCAACCAUCAGUGAGGAAAUACUCGAACCUCAAUGUCCCCCGACUUAGACCCCAGGCGAAACGACGCAGGAGAAUGGAACACGUCUCCCCCUCUCUCUAGAUUCCUGUAUACCUACAUACAUAUUGUUAUGUUUUUAGAGCGUUAGGGGUCCCUAGGAUCUCUAAAAUAUAGCGACAGGGUCUCUUUCUGGUAGCUGGAAAGGGACAAACAUUUCGAAUUUCCUAUAUUUUUUCAAAUGUAACACUUUCGUUUCUGUAAGCAACAUACACUGACACACACAUAUACAUUUAUACACAUACACAAACACACAUUCGAUGUUCUGUAAUAGGUGAUAGUUAGUAUUUAUGAAACACUAGCCUAACAAAGGAAUGAAACAAAACAAAUACCUAGGAGAAGACAAUUAAUAUGAGCUUAAUGAUCACACACACACACAAACCUACUUUAGUAAUCAGGCAACCAGUAGCGAGCGAGCCCAAUGUGGACAAAAUCAACCAAUGCUGAGAUCUAACCUCAACCGAUAAUGAUUAGACCGAGAAUCUAGGAGCGAAAUCCAAGCCAAAAAAAAACAUCCAAACCAGGUCGAAGAUAGAGACAACCGUAUCUAGGAGCUAAUUCGUACCAGUACCUAUCAAAUGAAUCAACAAAAAAGCGACGAACGAGUCUUAGUGAAUCAAAGUGAUUAAUUAAAAUCUUACAGCAGAGCUAGAACAAGGUAGCUAGAGUUGUGAUAUUGUUUUUAUUAUUGAAAAACAGGCUACGGCAUUUAAAGUUUCUAAAAACUAAAUCAAACACCCGGAUCCUUAAGCGUAAAAAUGUUACUUCUUGAGUCGAAUGUGAGCAAAAAAUUUCCAAAUAGAGUGGCCUAUAAACACACCAAUGCCACGUGGCCGUAGCUGCGAGAAAAAUAAAACGUUUACCGGGUGUAUUUUGUCAAAACAGGAAAGUUUAUAAAAUCUUGAAAUUUAAAGCGAAUCCCCGUGUUCGACUGCCGUGACUUCCUCGUCGUGAAGCGUCAAAAUCGGACGCAACUUCCGUCUAAAGUAUUUUUCAGAAAGUAAACAUACACAUACAAACAUACAAACCAAUGCACACAAAUCACGCGCCCGCGCCAUAUUUUAGAGAGCACUUUAACAUUUUGACACAUUCGAACGACAGCCAAGAAACCGACGCCAUUUUGGAAGUAUUUUUACACCGAUCAAUAAUAGCGUUUAGUAGUGAAACGUAUUGACAUGCUUAUUCAUGAGAACGAGAACAAAACAUCACCGAUUUUGACGUUUCACCGCGAGCGAGCGGCAAUCGAAGCGAGGAUUGUAGGAAAAGUCUAAAACAAACGGGACAUUCUUAUCAAUUUAUUAGAGAAGCAACAUUACAGAGAAAAUCCUCACACUCACUCAUAUAUUUACGACUAAUAAAUCUAUUGACACGUUGGCCUGUUGAAUGACACUACAUAGUCGCAAGCAAAGGCAAAUUAUCGAGAUCGUAUAUUUUUAUAUACAUACAGAAAAAGACAACUCUUACACAGGAAUGUUCGAAACGGAGCUCCGCUCCGCCAGAAGGUAAAACUGGAACCUUGAAAGUUGAUAAGCGAUGGUUAUUACAAAAGAAAAUCUCUUUAAUCUUUAAUAAAAAAAAAAAAUCUGCUAAUAUAUACAUAGAGAGAGAAAAUGAUAAUGAAAACCAAACAUGUUGACUAAAACUAUCAGAUAGGAUGAAAAACUUGUUUAGAAUUUAGUUCCUCCUCUUCCUUAAAAAAAAAAUAGAAGCAACCAAACACAAUGUUCUCACUCCAUCACGAUUCAGCUGUUAUUUUAAUACCGACAACUUGAAACUUUAAAACACAGUCUAGAAAAAGGUUUGACCUUCCACUUUUGUAAAACAAAACCAAUGCCACGCCAUUGCAGGGCUAUAAUAAAACUUGCUUGGCAAUCCCAGUUAUCAAAAAAAUGUACCUACGUCCCCAAAAUCCAACAAGUCCCCUUUCUACAUAUGCUAUUAUAGUAUUAGUUCAUCCAGCUGCUAAAUUUAUGAUAAGGCAAGUUUCUUAGAUUAAAUCUAAAAAAAAAAAAACAAGUUAUUCUCGAACAAAUAUUACAUUACACACAAGCAGUUGAUUGAUACUAAAUAAAAAGAACAAAAACAAAGAAAACUUAGAAACUAAAACAAAAUCUUAGUGAUGUUUAUGCCAGCUAAUACUAAAAAAAAAGAAAACAAGUGUUAAGUAUUUAGAACAGAAAUCCAACUGCAUCAAUGUCAGCGCAGCAGAACAGUGUGUACCGGAACUGGAAGGAUAGUUGAACGAAAAUUGACGAUUUUUUAUAUGCGAUUUUAAGCUUUUAUAGUAGUGAUGAUAACUACACACACACACACACACAUACACAGCAAAAGAUACAGUAACGAAAACAAACACAACAAGGAUCCUUCUUCAAUGGCUUAGAAAAGUUAUAGUUAGCGUUAAACGGGAAGAUGAACAACCCCGCUGAAACAAAACCCUACCGCGCUUUCUUUUCAAAUUUUCGAAACCUAAGUAAGCUGUGAGUUUUGCUAGUUUUCCAACGCCUUCUUUGUUAUGUUUGGCUGCUGUGAGAGAACAAAGAAUAAAAAAGAAGAAGCUAUUUUUUAGUCUUAUGUACUUUUUAAUCUAAGUUGGCUGUAGUAAGCAGUACAUUGAACGACAAGCAUUGAGAACUGAGCUGUGUACCUACACUUUAAUGAAUGUUGAAUGUUAUCAUGUGUGCGCGUAAAGCCAACUACGCCAGCUAAGGAGGGAAAUCAAAUCGCGUUCCAUGAUUCUACUAAAUAAAGGGAACAACGGAACGACUGAAAGAAAGCAAAAAUCCAAAAACGUGCGUAGUAUGGUGCUAGGGGAAAUGCCGGAAAUGCCUUUUCUAGGAAAGAAUCUAAAGAAGUAAAAACUCUGUAAAGCAAGAUGUGUCGCUUUAAAGCAAAUGAAGUAAUAAACCGAUGGCUUGUGGAUCUAAACUGCAUGUGAGAGACUUUUUGGAUGUGAUUUUACACAUUUAUUUAUUGCGUUGAGAGUUAUUGUUCGGUUCUGCCAAGCCAAGUGUAUGUAGUAGCGUAGUUGCAGGGAUGCAGUUUUACUGAGUUUGCGACAUGUUUACGCGAUAAGUUGACUUAUUCCUUGGUUCAAGAAAAGGACGCAAAGAGAAGACUAAGAUAAAACAUAAAAGAAAUGAUAUUAGACUUAAAAAUUACAAGUACGCAAACACUUUUUUGAAGGAAUACAAAUAGAAAGACACAUUGCAUGUAUUAAAAAAGCAAACAAAAAGAACUAUUUAAAAUAUAAGCUGUAUUAUGAUUAUGGCACAGUAAUAAAAAAAAAACAAAUGAAAACAAUUUUAGCUUCAUCUAGUCAGUUGAUUCAAUGUUUCGUCUGUUCAAAAAUUCCAAAAAUAAAAAAACAAAAAAAACGAAGCGAGCCAGCAUCUCUAGUUGACACCUACCAAUUCACCAUAAAAACAUGCAUUCCCCGCCUGAAGGUCUUUACUGUUGGUAUUCUAUUAUGAUGGUUAAAAUUGAAGAAAAAGAAAACUGGCAACACUGUUGCACAUCGAGAUUUCACUAUAAACAAAACAGGUUCAUUCAUUUGUCACUGAAGCACAGAAAAAGAAUCAGUCAACCUAAGCCCUGACACACUUUUCUCAGACAAUGCCACGCACGCAAAUUCCAAUGAUCAAUAUACGAGAAAAGACAACAAUUACAAAUGAUCACACGCUAAAUCAAUGCCACGUACCACAUAAUCUGCAAUGUAUGUUGUCUACGAGCGCAUGUGCAAUGGUCAUUCAUUAAACUCAAGAAAAGAGCGCAGCAUUGCGGCAGCAACAGGAAAGGAAAAACAAUUACACAUAAUUAUUCGAUAGAAAACAAAAGAAAAAAAAACCAACAAAUUCCAUAUAAAACAAAUCAAUUUAAUUGAACAAGAAAAAUAUAAUCUAUUAUUACGAUGUAUGGUCAACUAAAUACAAGAAAAAAAAACUGUAUUCAAAAAUCAAAUAAAAAGUAUAAAAGUGAAAAA